ACCGAGAUAGAAUCUCAAUGAUGAAACAGCCUCUUCUUCUUCUUCUUUUGACACCAUCAUAAGAAAAAGAAAAGAUGCGUUUACUCGCUCCUACCUUUCUAGCCGCACUGGCAACGUUUGGAUCCCUAUCCGCCUUUGCAAACGGAAAAUCAACGCAAAAAUGUGAUUCUUCUAGCUUCUCAUCCUUGUUGGGUACGCAAAGUAUACCGGGAGCAGAAGUGAUAGAAGUAGAAGCAAAAGAGUUGAAAAAGUAUCACUCUGUUUCUACGCACCCAAGAUAUCAAGAUGCCGAGAUUGAUGCAUGUGAAGUUAAUCUCUACUUCAUCAACCCUGGAAUGAAUUCAACCCGCGUUACGGUUUCGGUUUGGCUUCCGACUUCUCUAGAUAAAUGGAACGGAAGAUAUAUGGGAACUGGUGGUGGUGGUUGGCAAUGCACAAUGGGAAAACACGCUCUCAAUUAUGCUGUUUCAAAUGGUGCCGCUGCUGCAACGACUGACGGAGGCUUGCAUGGUGAACCGUUCUUGACCGAUUAUACUCUCGUCACUCCAGGUAAUCCUGACAAUUUCCUCUUGGAACGAUUAGGUCAUCGUGCAAUUCAUGAUAUGACUGUAGCUGCAAAAGAGGUGAUUGAGCAAUUCUUUGGUCGGAAACCGUCAAACAACUACUAUAUGGGAUGUUCGACCGGCGGUAGACAAGGUUUGAUGGAAGCAGCACGUUACCCGGAAGAUUAUGAUGGUAUACUCGUAGGUGCACCAGCUACCCUAUUUCCAAAAUUCGCAGUCCGUAUUUUGGCCGAAACAGCAGCAAUGAACAAAUACAACACAUAUCCAAACGCAUGUGAAUUUGAAGCUAUUCGACAAGCAUCAAUUGAAGAAUGCGAUCAUUUGGACGGAAGAAUUGAUACAAUUGUUGCACGACCAGAUUUGUGCAAAUUCACAGCACAAAAAGCGGUUGGAAGACCAUUUGCUGAUACAUGUGAAGGCAAUGGAGAAACAAAGGAAGUAUCUUAUGAAGCAGCAAGAGUCUAUCAGAUUGCCUUGUCUGGCGCAUAUGACAACAAUGGCCGUUAUAUCGGCUCCGGAUUCGAUAUCGGCUUUGAAGGUACUUUGGCGGGCAUCUGCCCUCUUUCAGUGGUGGUCGAUAAAGCAAGCGGUAAGAGAACACCUGUACCAUUCCCUUUCUCCAGGCAAUACGUGGAGGAUUAUCUACUCAAAGGCAUGCAGAAGGUUGAUUGGAAAAAGGUUUCUCUGGAAGAUUUGGCUGACUGGCAAGAGCAAAGUGAGCGUGAAUACACAGGUAUACUCGAAGCUUCUGAUGAUUUGAGUCGUUUCCGUGAUCGUGGCGGAAAGAUUAUGUGGUACCACGGACAAGAAGAUCCAAUCAUUCCAACUGGCGUUUCGUAUGGUAAAUGGGAUCAAAUUCGUCAAAGGAUGUAUCCCAGUUCAUCUAUUAGCGAAUAUGUUGAACAAAUGCAAAGCUUUAUUCGAUUUUACGUCGUACCGGGAAUGUCACAUUGCAAUCCUGCACCUUCACGUGAAAACGGUCAAGCACCUUUCGUUGAUGAAAGUACGAUUGCUCAAUUGGUUCAAUGGGUCGAAGAAGGAAAUGCGCCAGAACGUAUGCAUGUCUCUCGUGUUACCGAUCCUGUUCAACGUGAAGUUUGUCAAUGGCCACAGAGACCAAAAUAUGUGGACAAUGCAAGCAAAUUGACAUGCGUUCAAGACAGUCUGUCAGUCUUUGGACGUUUCCCACCUAUUUCAGAUUGGCCAACAAGGUUCAUCGAAGUUUUGCCUAAUUACCUUUUCUUGCGUACCAAGAAAGUAGCAGGUGAAUUGUAGAAAGCUUGCCAACGAGUAUUCUCGAGGCGGCUAUUCAUAUGUAUAUCGUUUCGUAUCAUGCUAUUGCACUGCCCAAAAUCAAACAAACGGAAAUAAAAUAUUAAAUGAGGA